CAGUCCAUAAAACAUUUUUUUUUGGGAUAAAAUGAACAAAAGGUUUAUACUAUAUAUACAUCUCUACAAUUAUCAAACAGCUAAUUAAUCUCAUACAUUUCCAUGAACACAGCGACAAAUGGAAGCUCAAAAUCGAUCAGAAUUCGAUCCCGCUUGGCUCCAAUCCGUACAGGACUAUCUCCUCAGCGACGCCGUCGACUUCCCGAUCCGCGGUGGCGCCGGCAGCGACGACGCCGUUUCGCUGCAGAUGAUCGAGGAGCUACUGUGCGGAGACGGCGAUUCCGCAGGCGCGGCGGCGGCGGCGACGGAUUGGAAGCGGUACAGAGGCGUGAGGCGGCGGCCGUGGGGGAAAUUCGCGGCGGAGAUACGGAAUCCGGAGAAGAAGGGGUCGAGAUUGUGGCUGGGGACGUACGAGACGCCGGAGGAGGCCGCCGUGGCUUACGACAGGGCAGCGUUUGAGCUGCAUGGAUCUCGGGCUCGGGUCAACUUCCCGCACCUAAUCGGGUCGGGCGCUUCGGAGCCGACGAGGGUGAGUAAGCGACGUCGUAUUUCGGCAGAUCGUGCCGCAUCAUCGCGUUGUUCGUCUUCUUCGUUAACGCAAGCAACUUCCAAGAAAAUCAAAAUGGCUUUGGCUUAAUUAAUGAUUUACGAUAAUUAGUUUCUAAUAAUGUAAUUAUUUGCGGAUUAUAAAUUGUAAUUUUUGAGCAUAAAGUGUUGAAUACUUUGAAUUCGAAUUUAGAA